AUGGCCACCCAGACGCAAACCGUCGACCCAGUGGAGGUUAAAAGGACCUUUGCCACACAGUUUGAAAGCAAAGACCUCGUCACAUUCGACGCCAACAAGCACUACGGAGAUUGGCGUGAUGAAUUUCACCAAAAUGGCUGCGUCGUAAUCAAGAAUGUGAUCAGCAAGGAACGUGCCCAAUACUAUUGCGAUAAGCAAAUCGAAUGGUUGAAGAAAUUUGAUCUUGGCUUCGACGAAAAGAAUUCUGCUACGUGGACGGCUGAACACCUUCCAGUCAGCUUCAAGGGAGGCAUGUACUCUGCGUACGGUGCAUCUCACGAAAAGAUGGCAUGGGAGGCUCGUAUGGAGCCAAACAUUAUAGAAGUGUUCGAAAAGCUCUGGGAGACUAAUGAGCUUAUCACGUCGUUCGACGGCAUGAACAUUUCUCUGCCGAAUCGCAAGGAUAUCACUUGGAGCCCAUGGCCGCACUGCGACCAGAAUCCCGAAAGAAAGGGAAUGCAAGCCGUUCAGGGCCUCCUGAACUACGCGCCCAAUGGCCCGAAAGAUGGUGGACUCAUGCUAAUGCGGGGUUCCGCCAACCUUUUCGACGAGUUUUUCGCCCAUAAGCGCGAGUCCGCCGACCACGAAGACGCCCCUCCCCCAGAGAUUAAGUUUAUGGAUCUUUUCCUGUUCACCGAGAAGGAUGUCAAAUGGUUUGAAAGUAAAGGGUGCCAGCUGUUCAAGGUAAACAUGGAACCCGGUGAUUUUGUGUUGUGGGAUUCACGGACUAUGCACUACGCCCGAUUCCCUGAGGGAGAACAAAUUAGACAUGUGCAGUACAUUUGUAUGACGCCACGCAAAUUUGCGACUGAUGAAGCGUUGGAGGCGAAGAAGUUUUGUUUCGAGAAUUGGUUCGGCACGACACACUGGCCUCACUGCAACAUCCGCCCUUCGCAAGACCCCCCCAAGAGGAACGGUGAAGUCUGUCCCAAGCACCGUACAGAACCAUUCGAGAAGCCGGAGAUUACAAACAAGCUACUACAAUUGGCUGGAAUCAAGGAUUAUUAG